UUGUUGAUCCACAGAUUCAUUGAGAGUAACAAACUAGAGACUACAUCCAAAUAUGCCUUCAGAGGACUCAGGGACCUGACUCACUUGUCUUUGGCAAACAAUAACAUUAAAGCCUUGCCCAGGGACCUCUUCAUUGACCUUGACUCCCUUAUAGAGCUGGACCUGCGAGGCAAUGCCUUUGAACGUGACUGCAGAGCCAAGUGGCUUAUGACGUGGUUAAAGAACACCAAUGCCACAGUGUCGGAUGUUGUGUGUGCAGGACCAGAGGACAUGAAGGGCAAGCGCCACAAUGAUAUGACCAGCCUGCAGAAUGAGUGUGUCUCCACAGAUUUCAUCCUUCAUCAGUCUGUUGCCUCAGAAUCCUUGUCUGUUGACACAUUCAGCUAUAAGAAUGAUGUCUACGUGGCCAUUUCUGCUCCCAGCACAGAGAGCUGUAUGAUUUUCCAGUGGGACCACAUAGAAAUGAACUUCAGGACUUAUGAUAACAUCACAGGUCAGUCCAUUGUGGGGUGCAAAUCUGUUAUCAUCAAAUAUGAGGUGUUUGUCAUUGUGGCUCAGCUGUUUGGUGGUUCCCACAUUUACAAGUUUGAUGACGACCAAAGCAGGUUCAAUAAGUUCCAGGAUAUCGAAGUGUCCAAGAUCUCUAAGCCCAAUGAUAUUGAGGCCUUCCAGAUUGGCUCUGAUUGGUUCUUUGUGAUUGCUGACAGCUCAAAAGCCGGCCUCUCCACCCUCUACAAGUGGAAUGAUAAUGGCUUUUAUUCAUACCAGUCACUGCACGAGUGGUACCGCGACACGGAUGUAGAGUUUCUCGACUUGGAUGGGAAAGCUCACCUUAUUCUAGCGAGCCGCUCACAGGUUCCAGUGAUCUACCAGUGGAGCCGGAGCAACCAGAAGUUCAUCCUGCAGGGUGAGAUCCCCAACAUGGAGGAUGUAGUGGUUGUGAAACACUUCCGGAUCAAGGAGGAGCUCUACCUGGCUAUGACGCGGUAUAUCGGUGAUUCCAAAGUUCUGCGUUGGGGCACCAAACAGUUUGCUGAGAUCCAAGCUUUGCCCUCUCGAGGCUCCGUGAUUCUCCAGCCGUUCUCUUUCAAGGAACGUUACUAUCUGGCUCUGGGAAGCGACUACACCUUCUCACAGAUCUACCUGUGGGAUGAGGACAACAAAAUCUUUGACCGCUUUAAGGAGGUGUACAUCCAAGCCCCACGCUCUUUCACCGUGGUAUCUACCGACCGCAGGGACUUUAUUUUUUCCUCGAGCUUCAAGGGAAACACGCAGAUCUUUGAGCACAUCAUCAUCGACCUGAGCUUGUGAGGGGCUGUGCCUUAUCGUCCCGUCUGAAAUCAAAUGUCUUCCACUUGAAAGACAAAUUCAAGAAGGAAAAAAAAAAGAGAAAGGACCUUAUAAACUGUCAAAUAUCCACACCUUCAUAGUUUUCACUCACAAAUUAGAGCGGGGUCAAGAUGUAUCGUGACUAUUUCUGAAUGGCCUUGCACUCAUGGAUCCUCAGACUUUCUGAAGUACUACCCUUUCAUAACUACUACUAUUCUCUUAAAAAUACCACUGAAGUUCAUGACGGGUU